AUGUUCCCACCAAUUCAACUGAACAAAGAAGUUAAUAAAGUUGUCCCCUACAAGUAUUGGUGGAAUGCUACACGCUUAGUGAACGUUGACAAUAAUACUACACCUGUUCAACAUGAUUUUAUGUCGUUUCGGGAUCCAGUUGCUCCUGCUUAUGUGGUUGUUGGGCGACCAGGCAACACGGAAGAGAAGGAGCAGUUAUCUGACAUCCCCUAUUUAGAGCGGAUUAAUCAAUACACCGAUUUUUCCAUGACUUUGCUUCAUUACCCAGGAUCAGUUGCCAAAAAGUCGUUGAUUACAGUAAGACAGGUGGAUGUACUUCAAGGCAAUGUUCCUAUGGAAUUUGCGUUGGAAAAAACAUUUACCUCUUACAAUAUCAAAGAAAUUUGUAAUUCCAUGGAGGGAAAUAUUCAAAAUAAAUAUCAGCUAGAAAGCAGUUAUUUAAUCAGUGAUAGAAAGCGGCACGAAAAAUUCUUGGAGGAUACAAUAGAAUUUUCAAUUCAUAAUUAUGCUGAUUUAGAAGAAAAAGAACCGGAUUUGGUUUAUCCAGCACUUUCUAAAAAUGGGGAUAUGGAUAAAGCAAAAGAAUUCCUUUUAAAAGAGAUAAGCAUUACUGCUGGUGAAAGUAGCAAAAUUCGAGCUUUGUUUCACUCCUAUAAUUUGAAAAGAGAGCAUCCAUUGGAUAUUUAUUUAGAUGAAAUGUACAAACUUGCAAUAAAAGGAGUUUGUGUAAGUAAUUACCAACAAAUCUUGAAGAAUCAGACAGAAUGGAAGAAUCAACAAGAUUGGAAGAAACAAGCAGACUGGAAGAAUCAACAAGUUCAAGAAGCCAUUAGACAAGUUACUCAAAAAAUUUUAAUGGACCAUUCAAAUAAACCUCCAGAACAAAAAAUCAGCAAUGAUAACAAGAGGAAGAAGUCAGCUACAAAAAAAGAAAAUUCACAACCUAAUGUUAAUGUAAAUGUUCAAAAAACUAUGAAUCCUUUUCAAAAUCUUUUUGGUAAAAAUAUAUUCGGGACAAACAAAGAAAAUGUACAGCCAAAUUUUGUAGCUCAAAAUGGUCCACAACAUGUGUUCCAUUUUCAAGCAGGUGCAAACAGAAAUGUCAAAAAAGAACAAAAUGAUCACUAUUUUAAAAAUGGAACUAAAAUAUUCGGAACAAACAAAGAAAAUAUUCAACCAACUUUUGUAGCUCAAAAGCCUGAUUCUACAAAAAAUGUAAAGAAAUCUGCUAGUUUUGCUCAGAAUAUCUCGACAGAUAUUCCGCAAAAUUUGAAUACUUCUUCGGUAAAUGCGAGCAGCACAACUGGAGGAUUAAAAGGAAUAUUGAAAGUUCCGCUACCAAAAUUUCCACAAACAAGUUCUCUCAAACCCGUUCGAGUAGAUACCAAUACUCAUGUCACAGCUGAUUAUUCCCCUCAAAGUUUAGACAAGCCAAAUUCUCCACAAGUUACAUAUCGUAUCAACACUCAAGUUAAAGUUGAUUAUGAACCUCAAAAAGACAUGAAAGGAGAAACAUUGAAAACAACCGAAAAAUCAAAAAACAAAGUCGAAAAAAUUCAAGAGGUUAAAAAACGAAAACGAAAUUUUAUCGGAAAAGUUAAAUGGAGCGAGGAUGAGCUUUAUGAUCUUACAGAUCUUAUAGCUUAUUUUUAUUAUAGAGCUUUGGUUAAACCCUCUUGUGAUAUGUCAAAAUUUCCACUUUUUAAAGGAUAUAUUGCUGAAAAUGGAGAUAAGAUUUUAGAAAUGAAUCCGAAUGUGGCGGAAAAAAUUAUUUCGAAUGAUAAAGCAGAUUGUGUUUUUAUUCAUUACUACAAAAGCAUUUCGAAUGAACAGGCGGAUUAUGGAACUUUGUUGGACAAAUUAUUUAGCUCAAAGGGGGUUUGUUUUCAAUUAUUAUUUGUUAGAGAUAGAGAUCUGACCAAGACGGGAAAAAUCUCAUUGUUUGAGAGACCGGUCAUGAAACUGAGAUCGAUCAUUGAAGAUCGAUCAUUGAAAUCUCAUUGUUUGAGAGACCGAUCAUGAAACACGACGAACAUCCUCUCUCGUCUCUAUAAUAGAUCAAUAUUUCUUUAUAUUAUCAUUCAACGACAAUUUUUAGUUAAAAUUUUCUGGAGACGAGAUUAAGAAGCGUGUCAGUAUUUCAGAAGACGGGCAAAAAGUGAUAUAUGACGCAGUACCUCUUCGAGUUGUUCUGCGAAAACUUAAAGAAGUAUCUGUUGAUGGAGAUAAAUUUUUUGUGAAGAAUCAGGAUCUAAUGUAUGUUG